GUAUAUGCGUUCCAGGAAGGAAAAGAAAAGAAAACUUAAAACAAAGCGUAACAACAUGCAAAAUGGACAGAACAACAGAACUGUUAACUGCAGAGGACAGGGACCAGCUGUCGCAGUGGAUUGGUAAGACGUGUCAUUUUGAGUUGCUGUACAAAAUAAGUCAUGAUGGUUGCUCAGCUUCAAGGUUUCAUCAGCUUUGUGAUGAGAAAGGUCCCACAAUUACAGUUCUUUACAACACUGAUAACAGUGCAUAUGGAGGUUUCCUCUCGCAAUCUUGGAGGUCCACUGGUGGUUACAUCAAAGAUGGACAUGCAUUCCUCUUUACAUUAUACUUUAACGGUGUCAAAAGACCAAGGAAGUUUGCCGUAAUUAAUGUAAAUCAAGCAGCCUAUGCACAUCAAAAAUUAGGACCAACUUUUGGUGAGGCUGACAUGUCUGUGAUAAAUCCAAACAAUCAACUGUACGCAUUAAAGGGAAUAAAAACAAAUGCAUUUUCCCCUGCAAGCAUCGAGAGGAAGAGAUCUAGAGCGGAUAUGAUGACGUUUCAUGAUGACGUGAACAUGUCUAUUGAACGUGGAAGUCAGACGCGCUUCUUCACACUUAAUGGUCAAGCUGAAUUCGGUUUAGCAUUCCAAAGGCCAUCUGAGAAUAUGAAAGCAAUCAACAAUGGUCACAUGUGUGUAUUCGAUCUAGAAGUCUAUUCAGUGCAAGCUAAGAGACCCGCCGUAGUUCCCGCGCAAUCACAAAUGUCGUUAAAGCCAUGGAGGGAACCGCCGCUCUGGGAUGAAAAUAAUUUUCAAAUUUUGAAACAUUUUGUCUCCAGUUACAAACCAUUGAAAGACAUGAACAUUCCGGAGGUUAAUAUUCUACUAGUAGGACAGAUAGGCUCUGGAAAAUCCAGUCUCUUCAACACAGUCAACUCUAUUUUUCGCGGUGAAAUAACUGCACGUGCAUGUGCCGGAAACUCUCCACAUAGUGUGACUGCGAAUCUACGUAAAUACAGAAUAAGGAAUCAUGAGACAGGUGGCUAUCUUAAUUUCCGGCUUUGUGAUACUCGUGGGAUAGAAGAGGAAAUGUCCAUCAAACACCAAGAUAUGGCACUGUUACUUGACGGACAUUUAUCUGAUCAGUACAAGUUUAAUCCUAUGGCACAUGCCUGCCAAAGGGAUCCAGGAUUUAAUUCCAGACCCUCAUUUAAGGAUAAAAUUCAUUGUGCGGCUUUCAUUAUAGACGGAAGUUCUGUUGAUGUAUUGCAAGGAACCGUUCCACGAAAAAUGUUGGAAUUUCAAUCUCUCAUGGUAGAGAGAGGCAUUCCACAAGUUGCGUAUCUGACAAAAUUGGACAAAAUCUGCCCUUUAGCUGAUAAAGAUGUACGUAUGAUCUUCUAUAGCGAGGCCUGCAAAAGAGCACUAGAGAAAACCGCAGAACUCAUAGGCCUCCCAAGGGGUCACGUGUUUCCGGUAAAGAAUUACGAAAAGGAGACUCAACUGAACACGCCGAUUAAUAUCGUAGUAUUGACAGCGAUAAGACAGACGCUUAUUUAUGCAGAUGAUUACUUAGAGGAUCAGUAUGAAAUAUCUCAAACUGAGGAACAAGUUCAGCUGAUUAAUUUGUAGAAUAAAAAACAGUGAUUUCAGAUCUGAACUUCUGGUCAAUUAGUUUCAGUUAUCUUCUUUAAUGACAAACACAGUCUAUAGACUUAAGGUUUGUCCAACUGAAUGUUUGCUAGAUAGUAAGACAUAGUGCUUCAAUAUUUGAUGAUCGCGGAUUAAAAAAAAUAGCCUUUUCUCUUUGCACUCCUUUCACUGAAUACCAAUUAUUCUUGCUAAAUGAUUAGUAUUUCAAGGGUCACAGAGUAAAGUAUUGUAUGUUCUGUGACAUGUCAUUAGUGAGAAGAAUUGGCUAAGAACAUGAAGAAAUACUUACUUGUUACUCCACAAGACCAUGUUGAACAUUGAUCAAUAUUUGAUUCUUUUACUUUGUAAUAUACACAUGUGUAUGCUUUAUUAGUAACUUUCUUGCAUUCUCUGGAUUUUAUGCUUUUUUGUUGAAUUAUUAUAGUGAAAAUAAUUUUCUUUUUGAUAUGGCCUUGCGUCCAUGUAUAAUUUAGUAAAUAAUGUGUACUUUUUUACUCUCCAUCAUAAGUCUUAGCUAUUUCCCAAAUUUUAAAUGUUUAUCUCAAAUCUGAAAUAACUUGAAGUUUCUUUUUUUUUUAUUUUAGCACAAUCAUGCAAAUAAAGAUUGCACUCAUUAUGUGCACAAUAAAGAUUAAUACAUUUAUAUACAAAGAAAACAAAGCAAAAUUUGGGAAUGUCAUAUAAUAUGCGAUCUGUUAACUUGUCUUCCCAACAUUUGUUUGUACAGUAUUGUUACACACUUAAUCAAAGUGAAGUCAAUAUAUAACAUGAUCACUGUAGCAGGUAAUAAAUAGUACA